UCCACACAAGCGGAGGAAAUCAGAAGCAGCAGCCAUGCAUCACUCCCUGCUCUCCGUCCUGGGACUCCUCGCCCUCUCCUCCGCCUGCUACAUCCAGAACUGCCCCCGGGGAGGGAAGCGGGCGCUGCCGGAGGGGGGCGUCAGACAGUGCAUGCCUUGUGGCCCUGGGGACAGGGGCCGCUGCUUUGGCCCCAGCAUCUGCUGUGGAGAGGGCCUGGGCUGCCUACUGGGCUCUGCAGCUGCAGCUCACUGUGAGGAGGAGAACUACCUGCUGACCCCCUGCCAGCCUGGAGGGAGACCCUGUGGACCUGAGGGGGGGCACUGCGCCUCCUCGGGACUCUGCUGUAACUCUGAGGGCUGCAUGGUGGACUCUGACUGCCUCGGAGAGACUGACGCCACAAAUCCGGCCCAAAGCUCUGCGAGGAGCUCCCCUACAGACCUGCUGCUUCGUCUCCUUCACGUGGCCAGCAGAGGACAGAACGACUACUGACGCUACAAGCGUCAAGCUCCCCCUCUGCGCCUGACGACCUGCAGCAACGACAGAUAUUAGACCUCAAUCUGUGAACUCUGAACCCAGACAACUUUUUUUUUUCUGUCUUAAACGUCUUUUCUGUGCUCUUCAACUUGUUUUAAUAGGAACCUAAGAACAGAGAGAUUAAAUGAACAACAGCGUAGAUCUUGUUAUAAGAAGCAUAAACGUUCAAGGCAAAGGAAAACGUGUAAAUAAAGGAUCAUGGAUUAAAAGGUGUCACUGUCUUAUGAUUGGAGGACGUAAAUGUAUUGUGUAACUCUGCCUGAAGGACUUUGUUGUUUUUUCUCAUUGUACUUGUAGGCCUUUAUUAGUCACACCUAGUAAGGUUUCCUUGUGCAUGAAAAGAAUGGAAUGAUAACUACACUCGAGAAGUCAUCUAAAGUAAUUGGUGUGAUUUAGUCAGUAAUUUAUGGAGUUGGUGUC